UUUGAAUAUAAAAUUGUCAAUGAAUCCAUAAUAUCAAUAUGACAUAUUUGUUAUAGGUGGAGGUUCAGGAGGUCUGACAGUAGUUGAUGAAGCCUAAAUGUUAGGUAAGCGAGUAGGAUUAGCUGAUUAUAUUAAACCAAGUCCACAUGGAACUUAAUGGGGAACUGGAGGAACAUGUCCUAAUGUUGGAUGCAUUCCUAAAAAAUUAAUGCAUAUGACAGCAUUGAUUGGAGAAAUAAGACAUGAAUUAACAGCAACUGGAUGGUAGGGUAUUGAUCCUCAUUCAAAUCAUGAUUGGAAUACAUUAGUCAAUGAAGUAUAAAGAUAAGUCAAAGGAAUUAAUAAAGCUAAUGAUGAUUGGUUAGUCACUACUAAUGGAAUUACAUAUUAUAAUAAAUUAGGUAUAUAUAUAGACAUAUAUUUUAGGUAAAUUGAAGGAUGAUCAUACUAUAGAACUUAUAGAUAAAGAUGGUUAAUCUGGAUUUGUAACUGCAGAAUAUAUAGUUAUUGCAGUUGGAUCUAGACCUUCAUUUCCAAAUGACAUUCCAAAUGUUAAAUAAUUAACCAUUACUUCAGAUGAUUUAUUUUCUUUAAGUAAUAUUUUAAAAAUAAUAUCUUUUAGAAAAAGCACCAGGUAAAACAUUAGUAGUUGGAGCAUCAUAUGUAGCAUUAGAAUGUGCUGGAUUUCUAACUGGUUUAGGUUAUGAUGUUACAGUAAUGGUUAGAAGUAUUCUUUUAAGAGGAUUUGAUUAAGAAAUGGCUGAAAGGAUUGGUGAAUUUAUGAAAAUCUAAGGAACAAAAUUUAUUAGAGGAACAAUUCCAAAUUCAAUAGAAGAUGUAGAAGGUAAAAGAUUAGUAAAAUGGUUAUUAAAUGGUUAAGAGUAAAGUGAUGUUUAUGAUACAGUAUUACUAGCUAUAGGAAGAAGUGCAGAUACUUAAAAUUUAGGAUUGGAAUAGGUUGGUGUAUAAACAAAUAAAGAAUCUGGAAAAAUUAUAGCUAAUGAAUCAGAUUUAACAUCAGUUCCAAAUAUUUUUGCAAUAGGAGAUUGUGUAUAAGGAAGAUUGGAAUUAACUCCAACUGCUAUAAUGUGUGGUAAACGAUUAAUAAAAAGAUUGUACUCUAAUGGAAAUUAAGUAAUGGAAUAUUCAGAUGUUUCAACAACUGUCUUUACACCUUUAGAAUAUGGAUGUGUUGGAUACUCUGAAGAAGCAGCUGUAAAGAAAUUUGGAAGAGAAAAUCUUAAGAUUUUUACAUCUGAAUUUACUCCUUUAUUUUGGAAUUUUGCUAAUAGAAAGGGUACCUGUUAUGCUAAAUUAAUUGUUAAAAAAGAUGAUGAUAUUGUUAUUGGAUUUCAUUAUCUAGGACCAGAUGCAGCUGAAGUUACUUAAGGAUUUGGUGUUGUUAUUAAAUUAAAAGCUAAAAAGAAUGAUCUAGAUAAUGUUGUAGGAAUUCAUCCAUCUGUUGCUGAAGAAAUUGUGUAGAUGUAAACAUGGAAAUGA